AUGUGGAAGGAAAACAUCACCAGUAUCAGUGAGUUCAUCCUUGUGGGCUUCCCGACAGCUCCUUGGCUGCAGAUUCUGCUCUUCUUCCUCUUCUUCAUCACGUAUCUGUUUGUGCUACUGGAGAAUGUGAUCAUCAUCCUCACUGUGUGGGUUACUGGAUCUCUGCACAAGCCCAUGUACUAUUUUCUUGGCACUAUGUCCUUUCUGGAGGCCUGGUAUAUAUCUGUCACUGUCCCUAAGAUGUUGGCCGGAUUCCUGCUACAUCCAAAUACCAUUUCCUUCCUGGGAUGCAUGACGCAGCUCUAUUUCUUCAUCUCACUUGCCUGUACUGAAUGUGUGCUUCUGGCUGCCAUGGCCUAUGACCGUUAUGUGGCCAUAUGUUGGCCUCUUCGCUAUCCAGUCAUGAUGACCACAGGGUUUUGUGUUCAGCUGACCGUAAGUUCCUGGGUGAGUGGCUUCACCAUCUCCAUGGCAAAGGUGUAUUUCAUUUCCCGAGUGACCUUCUGUGGCAAUAAUAUCUUGAAUCACUUUUUCUGUGAUGUGUCACCUAUCCUUAAACUGGCCUGCAUGGACCUAUCUAUGGCUGAGAUGGUAGACUUUGCACUGGCCAUUGUCAUCCUUGUGUUUCCUCUGUCAGCCACAGUCCUCUCCUAUGCCUUCAUUGUCUCUACCAUUCUGCACAUACCCUCAGCCACGGGGCAGCGGAAGGCCUUCUCCACCUGUGCUUCUCAUCUUACUGUGGUGGUCAUCUUCUACACAGCAGUGAUCUUCAUGUACGUCCGACCCCGGGCCAUUGCUUCAUUUAAUUCUAACAAAUUGAUCUCAGCUAUCUAUGCAGUCUUUACCCCCAUGCUCAACCCUGUCAUCUACUGCCUGAGGAACAAGGAGGUCAAGGAUGCCAUCAGAAAAACCAUAGCAGGUGGCCGGUGCCUAGUCUCUAGAGAUUCCCUUUGCUGA